AUAAGUCUGUGUCAAGCCAAAAGUGUUGUAAAGGACUCCAGCGUAAAUAAUAAUUAAAAAGAAUAAAUAAUCAACAUGAGCUCCAACCACCGCCCCCUGGACGAAUCUGACAUCCUUCUAAUUCGCACCAUUCGUGAGACCCCGUCACUCUACGAUCCUCAACUACCAUCCUUCCGACUUUCGCAGCGGAAGGAGGAGGAUUGGGCUAAAGUUGCGGACGUCCUCAACAUCUCUACUACGGACGCACGGCGUCGAUGGACGUGCCUCCGUGACCGCUACUCCCGUGAGCUCAAACAGAAGCGCCUGCAUCCGACCGGCGAGUUCGGGCACAAUGACUUCUUCCGAAAGAUGGACUUUCUGCGGGACUUUGUGCGAAAGCGGCGCGAGCGGCGGGGACGCGACCGGGACAGGGACCAGAAGCCCGCAGGUUGGCUCAAGGUGGACAUGCGUCGGCGGCGAAUCCGGCUGCCUCUGGACAACGACACUUUGAUCGAGGACCAUGGCUCGCCGGAAUAUGAGGAAGGCGAGGAGCAGUCCUAUCAGACCAAGCUGGAGGUGCAGACAACGCAUUCGGAGACCUAUUCAGUGCUCGUGGAGGCGGACGAAGGACAGGAGGAGAACGAUCACGAGAGUUUUGAAGAGUUCGAUCCGGAGGGCGACAAUAAGCCCCUAUCCAGUACGGUGGUCACACUCCAUCCGCAGGAUACCACUGCCAAGGCAAGCGUCGUGCCGCCUGCCGAAUCCGUCGAUCCCAGCCAAGAGAACGUAAGCGACUACGUAGUCUGCGUGGCCAAUACGAGCCAGGAGCGGGAGCAAUGUGCCGCAGAGAUAGUCACCCCGAAUACCUCGGAAACGGAGGACGACUUCUUCUGCAAGUCGAUCGCCGCCUAUCUGCGUCAGCUCUCGCGCGUGCACAAGAUCAAGGCAAAGGUGGAGAUGUACCAGAUACUAGAGAAGUAUAUACUACUGGAGGAGAGCGGGACCAGGGCAGGUGCGGGUCCUGGCGGUGCAUCGCGGUCGGGUACUGGCUGAAGCGGUUACAUAGCUACUU